AUGGCCAAAAAACCUCCAAACCCAUGGUAUUUCGAAUACCAUAAGUACCUUGAAGUAAAAAAAGCAUUGGAGUAUGAACGUACAGACAAAAUUGAUGUUAGUUUUGCAAACUAUAUAAUAAAUCGCACAAAUAAUACGCCAGAAAAGGAGCUAAAGUUACGUGAAACCUUUUGUGAGUUAAAGAAGUUGAUCGAACGUCAACAUUGUUUCAUUACAAUUCAUCAAGUUGACUGUUGUAAUUAUAUUAACUACUGGUUAAAUAAAACAGUAAGAGAGUCAUAUUAUCGUGUAGAUGAAAAAAACUUUGAAAUUUUUGAUGAAUUUAUGCGAGUUGACCCUAAAGCUUCAGGUGGUCCUUUUAAUUGUAUAUCGAAAUUAAGCUAUAUGGACACUGAUACUUUUGAAAAAAUGAAAAAAUUAUAUGAAUUAUACGAUUAUUUCACAAAACUCAAAAAAAGUGAUGAUUCUUCAUCAUUAUGUAGAAACAUUAGUAAUAUAGCUGAGAAGCAUAAAAGUUUGAUGCAGGAAUGUAAGGAGAAAGACAAUAAUUUACCUAAUGCGUUAACAAAUCUAAAAUACGUAAUCGAAAAAGAUGAAUUAGUUGCUAAAGAUGCAUGUACAAAGAACACAUCUGAUUUAUUUUAUUUAAAAAUCGAUCCACCUCCUGGUAAAGAUAAAAAUGCGGUAACAGUACAUGCACAUGGUAGAAAAUUUGAAGAAAAACCUCUCCCAACCCGCUUUUCAGGUUAUUCAUCACAAGCACAUAGUAGAAAGUCUGGAAGAACCCAUACCCCACCCCCCGUUCUAGUUUCUUCACCACAAGCACAUGGUGGAAACUCUAGAGAAACACAUACCGCACCCCUCGUUUCAGUUUCUUCAUCACCCGCAAAAGGAUUGGAAAAACAAGCACGGGGAGAGAGUGAACGAAUACCAUCAGUACCCCCAGCACGAGUUCCACUAGAACUAACAGUACUGCCAUCAUUACCACUACUACAAUUAGGACAAUUAAAACAAUUAGAAUCAUCAGAAACAGAAGAACCAACAGGACCAAAAGGACUAACAGAACCAGAACCAGAGCAACGACUAGAACAGCUACAAGAACAUUAUGUACAUCAUUUAAGCGAAGACGAAGCAGACAUUUCCCUAGAGGAAGGUGAUAAAUCAGCAGGUUCAAUGCUGUCCGCAUAUAACCCAGAAACGAUCAUGGAAAAGAUGAAAUUUGCGCUUUCUAAAGUUUUAGAAACCGUUGAACCGGUGCCUGUUCUUGGUGUAUCCGGUGCUAUAGGUGCAUUAUUUUUACUAUUUAAGGUAUCAAAAAUUGCACUAAAACAUUUUAAAUUAUGCUUAUAUAAUUAUAAUACUUACAAAUAA